GAAAGGUGGCCAUGCGGUCCAUGCUAAGCCGAGAGCUUGAUGUCGGCAUUCGACUAUUUGGCUUCUUGUGUUGUUGAACCCCGGCCCCUUUUGUUGAUCCGCCCCCUGAGGGCUUCAGAGUCACGACAUGAACUUUCCGCCGAGUUUUGUUCAUGAAUUCAUUCGGCGGCUCGAUUCAAGCUCUGCAGGAAGUUUGCCGCCACCCAAUCGCGAUAUCCCAAGUUAUGAUUUCCAUGACGCGUCUGAACAGAACCUGGUGGUGACCAACAGCCAACCUCAAAGCUUCCAACUGGGCACCGGUGCUUCUCUUCUUACGGACAGCCUGUUACCCGCCAUCACGUCAGCCCGCCAUGAGGUUAUCCUCGUUACUUGUUUCUGGGCACAGUCCAAGACAUUAACAGCGCUCUGCGACGCGCUCACCAAGCUCGCAGCACAUCGCCGUCUUCUCAUCGAAGGGGCAAUAUCCCAGGGGUCGACGACCAUCCCCCCAUUACGGGUUCACAUAUGUUUUUCAUCGCGAUCUUUGUUUCAAAAGUUGCUGCACACACAAUCACAUAAUGGCUAUGUCUACCCGCCCUCGUCAUGGCAGAAGAAGCUCGGCUUGCCGGAAUCCGCGCUCCUCGAAGCUGGAGGCAUCCACCUUCAAGUCAAGAGUCUCUUCUUUCUCCCGUUUAGCGUGAUGCAUCCCAAGUUUGUUAUUGUGGACAGGCAACGAGCACUUGUGCCGAGCUGUAACGUUAGCUGGGAGCCCUGGCUAGAGGGUUGCGUGGAGUUGACUGGGGAUGCAGUUCAGGCGCUCUUUGCUUUCUACUCGCGGACUUGGGGGGGACCUCAAGAUUUCCAAUCACUCUCCGGCGACACAGGGGAAGUAGGCUUCGACAGCCGCGCAGCAAACCUCACCUUGAUACCCAGCACCGCCCACCAUCGCGCCGAGUUCCAAUCUCAGGAACCAAUCCCAACUCUCGUCCUCCCCUCUUCACACCACCGCAACCCACGCUUCCGCCCAUUCCCCUGGCAGGGCUCACCCAUGCCCCCCAACACCCCUCUCAACACGGCGUUGCUCCAACUCCUCGAGCAGGCCCAACGGUCCAUCUACAUUCAAACCCCCAACAUCACCUGCGAGGCCGUGAUCGCCGCCCUCCUCGGCGCCCUCGCGCGGGGUAUUGAUGUCACCAUCGUGACAAACCGUAACAUGAUGGUACUCGAGCAGCUUGUCACGGCGGGCACCACCACGGCUUGGAGCAUCCGCUCCUUUAUCCGCCGCUUCCGCCAGCUCAAAGCCGCAGCGGUGGAUGGGGUUCCCGCGAGGCACGGCGGGGGGGGUACGGACCUGGAAGCUGGGCGCCGGGUUGGACACCUCCGGAUCUCAUACUUUAAGGCGAAACCGCAGGCCGCCACGGGCCUGGCGCCGUCUGAGGCCGAAGAGCCGGUGCAUUCGCAUCUGAAAUUGACGGUUGUGGAUUCGGAAUACACGGUGCUCGGGUCGGGGAACCUUGACCGUGCUAGUCUUUUUACUAGUCAGGAGCUUGGCUUGAUGUUUUAUGGGCGCGAGUUUGGUGCGGGAGUCAAGGCUGGGGUGGACCGUGUCCUGGAUGGGAGGCUUGAUUUGGUGUAUGACUCGGGUGACGUGAGCGAUGGCUGAAUGCUGGUAAUUGGUAUUAGAAUCAUCUCUCUUCAUGCGUGCCUUGGGCACUUUACUUGGACGGAGUGCCGUGCGCUGUCUUAGAAUAACCCCGGCUCCGCGGACCACCGGUUGGGCCUCCCCUGUCUAACAACAAUGGUUGUCAGGUUGAACUUUACCUGAACAAAGAAACCGUGACGAGGGUAAGAAAAGAUGUGACUUGGUUAUGAAAGCCGUUCAACUUUGCCUGCGCACCCC